CCCGUAGGAAUCCCGUCGUCACCCAAGGCAUUAACGAAACCGAAUUCUCUCUGGGUUUUUUUUUAUAAAGAAAAACAUUUUCUGGAAAAAAUCAUGGCAACCUUGAAACUCCAUGGAACCCCUAUAUCGACCAACACACAGAGAGUUCUUGCAACCCUUUACGAGAAAGAGGUAGAAUUUGAGCUUGUUAAUGUCAAUUUGGGAGCUGGGGAACACAAGCAAGAGCCCCAUAUUUCCCUCAAUCCAUUUGGUCUAGUUCCAGCUGCUGUUGAUGGAGAUCUAAAGCUCUUUGAAUCAAGAGCAAUUUCACAGUACGUAGCCCACCAAUAUGCCAGCAAGGGGACUCAACUGGGCGCUGCAGGCAACCGGUAUGCAACAAUUUUGGUAUGGCAGGAAGUGGAGUCUCACCAGUUCGACCCAUCAGCUUCAAAACUGGUGUGGGAGCAAGUUUUUAAACCAAUUUUUGGGCUACCAACAGAUGCGGCUCUAGUUGCCGAGACGGAGGUUACUCUCGGUAAGGUUCUAGAUGUGUACGAGGCAAGACUGUCUCAAUCCAAGUACCUAGCCAGUGACAGCUUCACCUUGGCCGAUCUGCACCAUCUCCCUAACAUCCAGGCCUUGUUGGGGACUCCAUCCAAGAAAUUGUUCGAUUCUCGCCCCCAUGUUAGCGCAUGGGUUGCCAGUAUCACUGGAAGGCCAGCUUGGGGCAAGGUGCUCGCUUUGCUUCCAAAGUAAAUUAGAAGGUAACCAUGCAGGGUCUCUUGUCCUAAUAAAUAAUAAAAAAGAUGAGUGUGGUCUCUUGGCCGGAAUAAAUAACAGUACUGUUCCCCCCCAAACAUGUAUGGUGUUUAGCGUUUAAGCCCUCAAUCUUCCGUGCAAAGGGUGAUUAAACUUCAAAUAAAAUUUGUCUCUCCUGUGUGCUGUUUGCGGCACUUUCUGUGUAGAGGUUUCGAGUCAGGAUUUACUGACGAAGCACAUAUCAUUUGAACA